AUAAGAAUGAAGGAACUUGACAAACUGCUUUCCUUCAAGUAGUUCCUGGGAAAGUAUCUUUUUACACGCCAGGUGGCAUUCUUACUAUCGACACUUAGCUGCUUAAAGCUGCAUGCCAGAACCCUUUGACAGGAGCAGCAAAUGGUUAUAUUCUGACAUUAUUUACUUGAUCUUAUUUUAUCCAAGUGAACCUUCAUCAUGACUGAAAUAUGGCUAUUAACUCGAAGGACUUCAACUGUGUUUUUAAUUAUUACCUCAGUGAUUUUCAUGUACCCGCUGGAAUCUUCAGGCUUUCAGAUAACGACUGAGAAGAUGAAGUAUGACCAGGCAAGGACUUACUGUAGAAACAUGAAUACCGAUGUAGCCACUGUUUACAAUUUAGCAGAAGUUAAUAUCAUGAUCAAUCUAGUUUUGCCACCUGCUAGUAACGUUUGGAUAGGACUGGAGCUUGGAAACCUGUGGAUUUGGCACUGGACUGGGUCUGAUCAAGGAACAAGCUUUUUAAAUUGGGAUACUGGAGAACCACGGAAUAAUGAACAAGAAGCAUGUGCAGUCAUGAAUCAAAAUGGAAUAUGGCUCGAAAAUGAUUGUGGAACUCCAGAGAGCUUUGUUUGCCAAGGUGUCAGGAAUGUCAGCACUUACAUCUUUGUUCAGGCUAAAAAAUCAUGGAGGGAUGCUCGCAGUCAUUGCUGGAACCUUUCAUCUGAUCUGGUUACUAUACACUCAGCAGAGGAAAAUAAAGCAGUCCGCAACAUAUCCACUUCUGAAAGGUUGUGGAUUGGCCUUUUCAAAGAUCCAUGGACAUGGUCGGGUGGCAGUGACUCACCAUUCCGCUUUUGGGAUAGCAGUGAACCCAACUAUCGUAGCAAUAGGGACUGUGUCACAGCUAACUUAGGAAACAAUGGAAAGUGGUCCAGUCAGAACUGCAAUAACAGAAACAGUGUCAUUUGUGGGGCAGCAACAAAUCCAACAAUCACCAGCUUACAAACUACACAGAGCAUAACUGCAUCCCCUGCAUCAACUAAUAUGGAAACUCCUCCACUUAUUUCAUCUCAAGCAGGUUCAGCAACUUUUAAUUCCACUUUGGUUUUCACUGAACAGCAGAUUACUAAUGCUACCAUUACAGAAACAUCAACUACAUCUGUACUGACUGCAGAUACAAUAUAUACUUUAACAACACCUCCACCUCAAAAUGUUACCACCCCAGUGCCAUCAACUACCAUUGGACACACUACAUCUAAGACCACAGAGGUUAUUUCACAUCCGAUCACCACAGCAUCCAAUAAUACAAGUACAAAAAUGGCAUCAAUACAACCACCCCAAAAUAUUACCACCCCAGCACCAUCAACUGUUACUCGACCGACGACAUCUACCUACACAGAGGUUGUUUCACAUCCCAUUACCAGUGAGCUUGACAACACAAGUACAGAAAUCCCAACAAUGACACCAACACCCCUGCACCAAAAUGACACCAUGCCAGGACCAACAACUGGAACUAGAUUGACUACAUCUACAACAACAGAGUUUGUUUCACAUCCCACGAUCACUGAACUUACCAGUACAAAUAAAGAAAUAGCAACAAUGACAUCGCCAGAAAUGCCUGAAAAUGCUACCAAUCCAGCACCAAGAACUGUCACUGGACCAAUUACUUUUAACACCACAGAGGUUGGAUCACAUCCCAAAACCACAGAGCUCCACAAUGCAAGCACUGAAAUGCCAACUAUAACAACAACACCACUGCAGCAAAAUAAUACAACUCAAGGGCUAUCAACAAUCACUGAACUGAUUACAUCUAACACCACCGAGGUUGAUUCACACCCCACCAUCACUGAGUUCAACAAUACAAGCACAGAAAUACCCACAAUGUCAACAACACAUCAGUUUCAAAACAUUACCACCCAAACACCAACAACUGGCACUGGACCAAAUCUGUCUAACACCACCGAGGUUGUUUCCCAUCCCAUAACUUCUGAGCUCAACAGCACAAGCACAGAAAUGCCAACAAUGACACUAACGCCACCACUCCAAAAUGUUAGCACAUUGACAUCAUCAACUGCCACUGGAUUGACUACAUCUGACAGUACUGAGGUUGUUUCACAUCCCAUAACCACUAAUCUUAAUAGUACAAAUACAGAAAUGCCAACAAUUGCAUCAACAGCACCACCGCAAAAUCUUACCACACCAGCACCAUUAACAGAUACUGGACCAACUGCUCCUAACACCACAGGGGCUGUUUCACCUCCUACAAUGCCUCAGCUGAACAGUACAGAAGUAACACCAAAACAACCACCCCGAAACACUACUGUGAAUAUAACAACAAACAGUGUUUUCACACCAUCAGCUCAGACCGGAACAUCAAUCCAAACAACAACCCAAUCACCAACUCCAAUGUCGACUGUCAGCAGUUUUUAUUCAGAAGACGGGAUGAUAUUAAUCCAGAAAAAUAUGACAUGGAUUUCAGCUUUGAGCUUCUGCAGGGAGCACUAUGUUGACCUAGUUCAGAUUACCAAUGAAGACAUUCAAGACAAAGUAGCUGAGAAGGCAAGAAGCUCUACAUCCCCUCACGUGUGGCUUGGUUUACGCUUCACUUGUAACUUUAACUUUUGGUUCUGGACCAGCUCGAUUCCAAGCUGUUACCAGAACUGGCAGCCAGGAGAAGGACCAGAAAGGGCAACUCAGUGUGGUGAGAGUGGAGCCAUUGAGGCCACAGGGAGGCAGCAGUGGGUCGGGUUGCCAGAAACACAGGAACUGAAUUUCAUCUGCCAGACCUGUGGUAAAUGAGACACUUUCAGUAAAGACAAUGACAAAAUUGUCAUGAAGCUGGGUAUGAGUUGCAUUUUUGCAAAGUUUUUAAGAUGUAAAACAUCAAACACUUAACAUUUCUGAACUACAAACAAGGUAUUAUGAUUGUGUAUGACUUUAGGUGAAAUACAGCAUCCUCUGCUAUUGUUCAUGUCUAAUUCUAAAUCAAUAUGAACACACUAUACGUUGUGUUCAUGUCUGUUAAUCUAUAUGCAGAUACGCAGACAUGUGAAUCUGCCCACCCAAGCAAGAGUAAUGUGAGAAAACUGAUUGGCGCUGCACCUCUUGUUCAGGGGUGAAAAUCUGCAUAUGGACCUCCUGGCCUGGCUGUCAAGAGCGUCUGCUUGAAAUAAAAGUCAAGGAACUGGCCCUCAGGAGAGCUUACAGAGAAAACAAAGUGUACCAAUACACCAUUAGUACACAGAAAGUUACUCAGAGCUAUUAUAACAAAGAAAAGAUUAUUUUUAUGUACUUUGCACCUUUUUUUGUAAAUCAGUGACUUUUUCACAGCCUUUAUGUUUCAGUUACAAAAAAUUAUUUUUUUUUUACAGCUAAGGAAUACAUAGUUGUAUUUGUGUUAGUACAUGUUUAUUUUUAUUAUAGUGUUCCUUGAUUUUUUUUUCUUUAAGUGACUCAACAAACCAGUUGAACCUGUCUAUAAUUUAAAGCUGGCACGCGUCGGAAGUAAUCAAAGAGAUCACAGAAGGUGUGGUGUAAAAAAACCAUGCACAACAUUCCACACUUUGUGCUCUGUACUGUGUGACCACUCUACAUUUGUAGGUCAUGAUUAAAUAGUUCAUUGCAAAAGUAUUUAUGCUUCUGUCACUUAUGUUUUGGCACGUUGACAAAGACUUGUUUGAUUAUUUUUCAUUAGACUGUUGCAAGCAAUAUUUGUUAGAUGAAGGAAAAGUGAAAUGUCUUUACA